CAACAACUUGUGGGAAUAAGUUCUCUCCUUCCACCACACAUUUCAGGAAUUGAAAUCGGGUCACCUAGCUUGAAGCCGCCUUGCUGGCCCCCAGAGAGAUUUUGUGAGCCUCACAUAUCUGGAUGAGAAGCCACCCCAGCUGACAGACAAAUGCGCAAAUCUACAAUAUAGUUUGGAGUCUUUAUCUAACAAAACAAGACGGUAUUCAGAGGACGACUACCUCCAGAUCAUCACAAACAUCCAGAAAUGCCCAUGGAGACGGCAAGCACAAGAAUAUGAGAAUUUCAGAGCAAAGCUGUCUUCCUGUUGUGAUGCAAUGCAGUACUUCGUGGUUUCCCAGAACAACACUCCAGUGGGGACUAACUUGAGCUAUGAGGCAGAAAGCACGAAGCAAAUUCCCAUUCGAGAGAACAUUUUCCACAUGUUCCCAGUGUCCCAGCCUUUUGUGGGAUACCCCUAUAACCAGUGUGCAGUGGUUGGCAACGGGGGAAUUCUGAACAAGUCUCUCUGUGGAGCCGAAAUUGAUAAAUCUGACUUUGUUUUUAGGUGUAACCUCCCUCCAAUCACAGGGAAUGCUAGGAAAGAUGUUGGAAGCAAAACAAAUCUUGUGACUGUCAAUCCCAGCAUCAUAACCCUGAAAUACAUGAACUUGGCGGAGAAGAAAGAAAAGUUUCUGAAGGAUAUUUCCAACUAUGGAGACACAUUCCUUCUCCUGCCAGCCUUUUCCUUCAGGAUCAACACAGGCGUCUCUUUUAAAGUCUACCAAACCCUCAAAAAGUCUAAAGUUAGGCAAAAGGUUCUCUUCUUCCACCCCAGGUACCUGAGACGCCUUGCUUCCUUCUGGAAAACUAAAGGCGUGACAGCAUAUCGCUUGUCCACAGGCUUGAUGAUCGCAAGUGUUGCCAUCGAACUGUGUGAGAAUGUGAAGCUCUAUGGAUUCUGGCCUUUCUCCAAGACUGUAGAAGAAAUACCUGUCAGUCACCACUACUAUGACAACAAGUUACCUAAGCGUGGUUUCCACCAGAUGCCCAAAGAAUAUAGCCAGAUGCUCCAGCUCCAUAUGAGAGGGGUCCUCAAACUGCACUUUGACAAAUGUGAAAUACCUUAAAAUUUCUUAAUAUGAGAAUAAUUUCACUGGGAUGAGAUUGGUGAGUCAUGGUGUCACCAAACACUAAAGAAGGAAGGAACAGAGAAUGGAGGGUUACAAAAGAGCUCCCCAACUUGGCUAGACCAAAGCUGCCCACUAACUUUGCAGCCUCCACUAGCCGCUCAUUCCAAUCAUCAACAUUCUCUGAAAAUGGAGCUCAUGGUAUCAGACUCAGACAAGUAAAAUGAGAAAAAUUUUUUAAAGCCUCUUGGCAUAGGAUUUGAUUUGAGGCAGGGACUCAAUGAAUGUUUCCUUGUUACUUACUAUUUGUAAUAGCCAUUUCCACUUUUACCAGAGUGGUAAUGAAACUGAGCCAAAGACCCUUUCUGAAGAGAAUGGCUGAAUCACAAGCACUCAUUGAUUUCUUAGGCACAGCCCUUCCUUUAUUAAUAUCUUACCAUUAUCCUCUCUCUACUAAAAGAGUACCUUCCAGAAAAUUUCAUUAAACAAGAAAGUGUUGGUUAUUCAGGAAGAAAAUUCUUUUACUUGGCAAUGUGCCUGCUUUUGAUUCAGUUUACUUAGGAUGUUAGCUGCAUUGGGGUGUUGUUUGGAUUUGGGGCAUUUCUUUGUCUCUUUUGUCUACAUGUUCAUUGCCUUUAUCAUUUUAUACUAACUUCCUGCUUCAAGGUUUUGCCCCCAUUCCCACCACUUAAAGGGUCCACUCAAUGACAUAAGUAGUUAUAAUACUCACCACUUCUCACCUGAUAUCUUGUCUAUGGAGCUACUCAUCUGAUUUUUUUAAAAAAAUACUUAACAGCUAUUUGAUGUCAAGCCCUGGGAUAAGACUCUGUGGGAGGGUAUGAAGGUAUUACCACUGAGGGAAAAACAGGUGCACAUCAUUAAUUGCUAAGUACCACAAUCGUCAUCCUGACAGUUAAAAACACAGCAUUGGAAGGUUCAUAGACAGGAACAGUUAAAUCUAUUCUAGUAGAAUCAACUUCAAUGUAACUGUUUUGGAGACGAGAUGCUUCUAGAAUUAAAACUAGGAGAUAGUUCUUAGCAAAGGAAGAGGUUUCAAGGGGGAGGGGGAGUAAUAGGAAGAGAUCACUGUUCCCUUGAUUGUUGUUAUCAAACAAGUGUGCUAGAAGCUAGAACUGGAAGCUGCCCUUAAUCUGGGAGAGAGUAUAGUGUGUGGGGGUGAUGGCUUUUGCCCACACUUGAGAAGUGGGAAUAGUUCAGACCCAGUCACUUCAAAAGGAAGACUUAGGAUGCAAACAUCUAGCAUAUUUCUCUAGGAAGAGAGGAGUGUUUCCAUGAAAAAUUACACUGCUAAGCAUCAGUCUAGAGUAAAGUUUGAGUAAACGUUAAAUAUGAGCAUUUUACAGUCCUUGCUGAUGUCACAAUGAUACCCCUUAGUGUAAGUCAUAACACAUUUAUUGUUAUUUGACUUAAUAAACAAUCAUAUGCAUGCAUUUAUGCUUAUCCAUGGAUGUUCCCAGGAAAUCUAAGACAGGAAUAUUGAAGAUGAUGUCCACAUGCCAAGAUACCUAUAAAUUUUAUUUUUAAUUCUUAUCUGAGCCAGCUUGUUGUAUAUCAAAUGCUUUUUUGAGGGAACACUGUGCUGUGAAUUCUUCAGGCUGAUGUAGUAUAACCUUGCAUUUGACAUCUGUGGUGUUAUUUCAAGUUUAUAUUUACUUUGUUCUUUUAUAGCACAUUAAACUUAUUAGAUUUAUAAAUUUAUCAAAGGUUCUUACAUAAAUAUUUUUCAAAAGGUGGUAAAAGGAAUUUUGUUAUAUAAAAUCAAGUUUAUUAUCUUUCUUCUUCUGGUUAAUAGAGACUCUUUUACGCUGCUGCUAAUAGAUUUAAUUAGCUUUAAAUAUCUCCUAGCAACACACUGGUCAUGUUUCCAUCAUGCUAUUUGCAAAGAAAUAUUUUUAAAGUAGAUCAGAAAACUAUCAUUUUUAUAGUUAAUAAAAUUUUUCUCAAAAUAUUUUGUGGCUAGUAGAAACAAAGUCUUUUUGAUAGUAUUGGAAAUACAUGACUGAUGAACAAAAGGAGUAGACUUAAAUUAUUAAAUAAUGUGGAGAUGUUACAAAUGUAAUAGCAAAAAUAUUGUAUCUUGUCAGAAAGUUUUGAACUUACUUAGUGUUUUCCCAUAUAUGAUGCUAUUUUAACUCAGGAGAUUUUAAAUAUCAAAAAAUAACUCUUCAGUGUCACCUACGUGGAUUUCAGAAAUUCUCAAGAAAACAUGAGGUUAAUGAUCAUGAAGAUAGCCAUGUUUCAACAAAACUUCAGUAAAAAAAAAAUUCUUGAAACUUUUAUAUAGAAAAGCACAGUUCUCCACAUGCAAAUUAUUAAUUCAUUUCUUGUUUCAUAUUUGUCUUGCUAAACCUGAUUGUGUUUGAAAUUUUCCCACAACUCUACCUGGGUGGACAUAGGCCAUAUUCAGAAGACUCCCUGAGACUUCCUGAGUCCUGAAGUCAGAUCUUGUGUUACCUAGUCCACAGAGCUACAAGAUGGAAUUCAUACGUGUUUUUUCUUUUCUUUUUUUCUUCCUUUCCUUUCCUUUCCUUUCCUUUCCUUUCCUUUCCUUUCCUCUUAUCCCCUCCCCUCCCCUCCCCUCUCCUUCCCCCCACCCUCUCUCUCUCUCUCGUGAUGCUUUGAUCAUAGUGUGAAACUUGCAGCAAUUCACUGCCAUGGAACAAAAAGAACUCUUGACUAAUAGUUUGCAGUUCCCAAAGCUAAUCCGUUGUUUAUAAAAACUCAAGUUUUGCAUUGUGCAUUGGAUGCAUUGGAUGCCACCAGAAUGUCUCCAACACAGUCCUCCUUUGAAUCUAUUUCCCAUGUGAGUCUGUAAUUGUGAUUUUGCCAUAAAUUGGGGCUUCUGGCUGUUACUCAAACUCUCUUUAGAAGAGUUCACAUCUAACAAGAGAGGGUGGCUCAUUUACAUUUGGACAUUUACUACGUGGGCAAUCAUGACUUUUCCUUUUGUUCCCCUGUGAUCUGCCCAUAAUGUGCUUUUGUUCCCAAAACCAACAAACACUCUAAAAUAUGCAAGCAUAUGAAUUGUGAUAAUUCAGGUAUAUCAGCUACAUAAUUUAUGCAGCAAAACUCAGUUCUUUUUGUUUCUUAUUGGUGGAUAAUACUAUCUCAAGCUUCCACCCAGAUCAACACACAAAAAUGACCAUCAGCUCCCUGUAGGCUUGUAGAUCAACCACAUCAAAUCUGAUAACAUUGUCAAGGAGGAUUGCAUUUGUCUAGGUGAAUUGAAUCUGAUGUUCUGCUACUAAAUUCCAGUCCAUCUAUAGGCAUUAAAGAUAGGUAGUCUGGACACUAAUGCUAGGUAAUGGUAGACUUUCAAUUAGGAGUUUUAAGAUAGCACACACCUUGAGAUUCUAAGAGAAAUACCAGCUUGCUUGAUUUUAUUUUUUUCUGUUUGUCAUUUGGCAUCAUUGGACAAUGUAACAGAACAAUAAAAUUCCAAAAUAAUUUCUCACCAAAUCCAAGGGAAAAUAAACACAUAUUCAAGCUCAUCACUGACAGUGUUGCGUGUGAGGAGGAGUCUAUGGACGAAGGUGUAGUUGUUUUUUAACUCUCAAGGAAGGCAAAGUCAGAGCAGGAGUUUCAUGAAAGAUUUCAGGCUACAUGUAAAUUUAAACCUAGUGAAUGUAUGGAUUGUCAACAGGUAAUCAAGGGCAUUUUUUUUCCUGAGAACUUUCUUUGUAGAGAAUACUGAAGUGGGCCAUACAUCAGCCAUACUUUUGCUUAGAGCCUUCUUUCUUGUUUACAAAAAAAAAUCUUGCUAGUUAAAUGCUGUGUCUUGUCAAGUAUUCUGAAUCACACCAGGAAAUUCAGGAAACUGGGAAACAUAUUCCGAAACUGCAUAAAACAGGUAUGCUGUUAUCUUAAAACUAUUGCAGAAGUAUAGUUUUGAUGUGACAUAUACAAUAUUUUAUUUGCAUAAUAUUAUAUGAAAAUAUUAUUUUGCAAUUAAACAUUAAAGACAUUGCAAGAGUCUGUUAUAUCUGAUAGACAUAGUAAGAUUCCUUCUCUAUGCUUAAACCAAAAAUCCAAAUUGUUUAAUAUUUUUUGUUUAUUUGUGCUUCUAAAGGCUCGAUAAAAACACCUCUUGACUUUUAUUAUUCUGAGUCAUUACUCUUCUAGGAUCAUUCUUUUUAUAAAAUUAUUCAAGUAGUGAAUGAUAAAGAUGCACUGCUUAUGUAAUGGAGACAGUCAAAGUCUUUCUUAAAAAGUAAUUCAUUUAAUUUUCUUUUAUGUGCUUUGGUGUUUUACCUGGGUGUAUGUCUGUGGGAGGGUGUCAGAUCCCCUGAAACUGGAGGUAGAGACAACUGUGGCUUACCAUGUGGGUGCUGGGAACUGAACCAGGGUUCCCUGGAAGAGCAGCCAAUGCUCUUAACUAAUGAACCAUCUCUCUAGGUAUAAGACAGUCAAACUCUUUAAAAGGGAGUUCUGGAACACAGACAAUUACAUGGGAAGAAAUGUAUACCUACACAACACCAUGGGAGAUGAGAUUAGAGGAUAACAAAGUAACAGCAUAAAACUAAAAGAAAAAAUACAUAUUUAAGGAUUUCACUUCUGCAAUGGCCAAAGGUAAUAUUUUAAGUAACUAAGCUAACAAAUGACAGAUGUGACUAUAAAUGUCUAAUCAGUAAAUGACAUCUCAAUACUCAGGCUCAUGAGAGACAUUUCAGGGACUGCCAUCAACAAGUAAAAUUUAAAAUGAGCAAAUGUUAAUGUGGAUAUAGUUUACAAAGGAAAAGCCUGGGUAGCCAGUAAGAACAAGAAAUAGUCAAACUGACUCAUAAACUGAGAAGUGAAAAUUGGAAUAAUGCUAUAUCCAUUGUAUUGGUAACAGUUAGUGAUGUAACAUCCUAGUGUUGGUGGAUGUAUAAAUUAAUUCAACAUUUUGGAAAGCAGUUUGCAAAUGCUGAGUAAAAUUCAUCCCACAGCUAUCCUAUGGCCCAGUCAUCUCACUUUAGGAUUUAUGCGCCAGAGAACUUCCAGGAGACAAAUAUUGAGCCAGAAAAUUAGACAUAAGAACUUUCCAUCUUGGAAAACUAUGAGUUAAGUUUGGUGGAUACAUAAUAUAAAAAUAGUACAAAUGUUAGAAGCAACUUGUGAUAUAUAGAGAGAAUACUAAGGAUGGGUCUUAAAAUUUUAACAUAAAGGAGAAAUGAGCUUUAUCAAUGCCAUUCUGUUACUCUAAAAUAUAUACUUUAUAUCAAAGUCAUAUGUCAAAUACAAGAAGCGUGUCCACUUAGGAGACGGUAAUGGGGGUAUGCUGAGGGAUAAAACGUCAUCAUACAUCCAUGGGCACAUACAUUCUUAUUCUCACAUAAAGUAUUUUACUAACAUAAAAAUAGAAUCUGAGACACAAAACUGUAAGUAAUUUACAUAAGGUUUCAUUAUAGGAGUAAAGGUAGCAUCCAAACUCUCACAUCUGACUAUAAAGCCAUUUCUCCCCAGUAUGCAAGUACAGAGGGAAAAGAAAUCCCAAGGCCAUUGACUACAACUGACAUAUAACUGACAGAGUAUAUUGAAAGUGUACAACUUGCAAAGUUUUGACCUGUGCAUACUCCUGAAGCCAUCUCCACUAUCAAUAUGCACAUCCAUUUGCCCCCAAACAUUUCCUUGUGCUAAUUUGUAAUCAGUUCUUCUUACUGUUGAUGUUUCUACCCUUCUUCCUACGAACUCUGGAUCUGCUUUUCUAUAGACUAGCUUACAUUUUUACAAUAUAGACUGUUUACAUUUUCUUAGAAUUUUGUACGAUGAAAUCAUGGCAUUAUGUACAUUCAUGUGCUGUCUUGCUCCUUUUCUCAAAAUUAUUCUAUGAAGAUUGAUUUUUGUUUGUGUGUCUGUAAUUUGUUUCUUUAUUUUCUGGGUAGAAUACUGUUAUGUAAUCUCUUUAUGCAUUCACCUGUUUAUAUACAAUUUUGUCCAGUGGUUAUGGAUGCUUCUAAUAAAGUUAUC